AUGGGCCAAUGUAUUGGCAAAGUUUUGUGUAAUACCAAGAAACCUGAAGUUUCAAGUAAUAAUAUUGAAGGAUUUGAAGAAAGUGGUGCUAGAGUAUUUGAGGGGAGUGGCAUUGAAGAAUUUGAAAGGAGUAGCAUUGAGGAAUUUGAAGUAAGUGGUACCAAGGAAUCUAAAGCUAGUAAGUUAAUAUAA